AUGGGAAACCUCUUUACCGACAAGAUGUCUUCUUCAGAGAAACGCGAUAUCCAAAGGAGGCUCGAGCGCGGCAGCAUGCGUCCGCACAUACCAGCCGACUUUCCAGGAUUCGAUGUUGAAGGAUACCUAAACCCCGGAACGACACCAGUAUCGCGUUCAUCCAACAAUACCGCGCUCAGUCCAAGAAGCCAGAAACCCAGGAAUGUCGACCGCAUUUUCGAUGGAAGUGACCAUGUUAGCGAUACAGGACGCAAGUUUCGCCGUCGGCCAAGCAUCGAGGCACGCACAAGGAAGAGCGAUUACCAUACGCUGCUUGAAGGCGGGAGCCUGUGGAGUGACGAUGAAGUCAUCGAUGAUGUUGAUGUGAACGUGCAAGGGCCAGUGCAGUCAGAACCUGUGAAAGAAGAGUCAUCCAACAGAGUGCAGGUACACUUGGCACCGCCGAUACCAGAUGCAGCUGUGGAUACACCGAGACAGUCAAUGAUCAGCGUACUAUAUGGCCGUCAGAACCCGGAUUCCUGGUACUUGACACGGCGCUUGGCUAGAUUGCCUACCGUGAAUAUUCCUGACAACAUCGAUUUGCCUACCCUCCUCAGACGCCGCAACAUCGACGCCGAUGCAGCGGAAAUGCAUCAAAUAUGGCGGCGCACCGGUGUUAUACCCACCCGCUAUCGCGACGUCAACUUCGACCCCGACGGUAUCAACCCGCAGCACACAUGGAUCGCGUGUUGGCCGCUGAUCAACGCAGCGAUACACGGCUACGUGAUAGAUGAUGUCGAAUUCGUUGACCGCGUGAUGGACCUGCUCGAGGAAAAGAUAGUGAAGGGUGUAAAACCAGAUAUCGAUACCAUCUCGCACAUAUUUGGCGAGAAAAGACACUACAUGCCGAAAGCUCUAAGCCGCUUUCUGGUCGAUCGAUGGGUUAACAACGCGACGGAAGGGUUCGGCGACGUCAACCCGUCAGACUUGCCGCAGCCUUUCGUCUGCUCCGCGCUUGAGACGGCUAUGCGACGCCUCUCAAGCGACAAAAGAUCGUCACCGCUGCUGAACUGUCAGUAUCAUACGCAUGCGACGCCCGAGGAGUGCUACAAGCAGAGAAUUGCACCCGAGGAAGCAAAAAGACAACAACGCUACAAGUACCGUCGCGAGAAAGCGAGUCGCGAAGCUGAGCAAGUCGCUGCAGAUUCUAUUGAAUGUGGCAUUGUGGUGGUUGACUGGGAGGGGCGAAGACUUGAGCAACACAGGAGGUUGCGCGACGGAAGUGGUGCUUCUCUGCCUGCUUUCGAUGAUCGGAUUGGAACUGCGGACCAAAUGCACAAGACAAGUCCUUCCGACGGACUUGAUGUAAUAGACGACGCAGACGCGAAUGACCAGCUCAAUGUGAAUCCCUCGUCGUCGUCCAUGUUCGGCACGUCGCAAACUGACGGCCCCGUCGACGAGGUGAAGUUUGCGCCACCAACACACGAGCCACCGCCGAUGCCGCCAUCGCGAAACGCACGCGUCGAACGCGAUGGCAGCGAUGUUGAAGGCGACCGGGCCUAUGGGGCACUUUUGAGGAAUCAGCAAAUCCAGUUCUCGUUAUUUGACGGCGCGAUGCAGGCUGUGAAGAUCGAAGAGGAUAGUGAGUCAAUCGCGUUGGGCGCACUUGCCAUGCCGCGAGACUCAGACGCGAACGCACGGACCGUUUUAAGGGAGAGUCCACGCCGAAGAGAGCGCAGAACGUGCCCCGGAUCGUUUCCGGAGUCGAGAUCUGGGAGUCUGAAUAAGGCUGAUGCCGCGUAG